CACCUACCUCUCACAGCCUCUAGCUGGAUCCUCCCCAGGAUCCCGCUCUAUUGCACCUGGCAACUAUAGGACCCCACUUCCUUGGGGACCCGCUUCCAUAGGGCUCCAGUCUUGUAGGGCCUUGCUCCCAUGGGGGUCUACUCCUAUAGGGUCCUGCUCUUAGAGAGUGGGACUCGGAAAAGCCCUGUCCCACGGUGCCUGCUCUCAUAAGAGCCCCGCUCACUCCCACAUUGUCCUUCCCCCAGCGCCUCCCUCCCCUCUGCAGGGAAGGUCCCUUUGAAGUAGCCCCAGGCCUCCUUCCCUGGCCCUGGUGUCCUUAGGCUGCGCUGGUUUUAGCACAUGAGGGGCUAGGGAACUGCUUGGGGGCUAGAAGUCCAUUUCCAUGGGUAAGAAGCUGUGGACACCAGGGACAGUCACGCUCCCUGCCUAGAACACGUAGUUCUUUGGCGUGAAGGACAGACAGGGUGGACAUGGGCAAAUUUCUGACCCACUUGUGGGGACAUUUAGAGCAGGUGUUUGGAGUCACAAGACCGGACCCAGCAGGCUUUUUUUUUCUUGGCUAGGACCCAAGAGACCCUGGCAGGUGUUUAGGAUGUAAGGAGGGUCAGCCCUGGCCCCUCCCACACCCACCUGCCAUACUUCCCAGGGAGGAGCAUUGGCCAGGUGGGCCAUGAAGGGACAGGUUUCUGAGCAAGCUUCACUAAUAGCCACUCCUCAGUCAGGCAUGUCCUUCUGGAGCCUGGUCGCUGCUGGGAUGGGCCCUUGGUGGGCUCUGUGGCUGAUCCUUACCCUUCCCCAAAUCCCGGAGGGCCAGACUCCAGUCAAGCCUCAAGGCUUUCCCCAGCUGACGAGCUUCGAGAAUGACAAGUUUCAGGGAGAAUGGUUUGUCCUUGGAUUGGCGGGCAACAUCUACAAGAGAGAGCACCGGGACUUGCUGAAUCCCUACAUCACACUGUUUGAGACAAAAGACAACAGUAAUUUUCAGGUGACCAACACCAUGACUCGGGGCAAGCGCUGUGACACUUGGUCCUAUACCCUGACCCCAGCAUCCAAGCCUGGGCAGUUCACCAUGGAAAACCAAGGAGCAGACACAGAAGAUGUGCAGGUGAUCGAGACAGACUAUACCAAGUUCGCCCUGGUGCUGUCCCUCAGGACAACAAGCAGCCAGACCAUCACCAGGGUCAGCCUUCUGGGUAGAACCUGGAGGCUUCCUCAUAAGACGAUAGACAGGUUCAUCUGCCUGACCAGAACCCAGAACCUCACCAAGAAUAACUUCAUCUUCCCUGAUGUGACCGGUAAUGGGUUUGCACGCAGUACAUGA